UACCGGAAAUAGUUAGAGCGCUUCCUAUGUCAUCAGCGAAUCGCCGCCAUGAGGGCCUUUUCCGUCGUAAGGGAGUGCGGAGUAGAAUCGUGUACCCAAAAUGACAGACUGGGAGACUGCCCCCGCUGUUGCCGAAAGCCCAGAGAUCAAACUCUUUGGGAAAUGGAGCACAGAUGAUGUCCAAAUUAAUGACAUCUCUCUGCAGGAUUAUAUUGCCGUGAAGGAGAAGUACGCCAAGUAUCUCCCCCACUCUGGCGGCCGCUAUGCUGCUAAACGUUUUCGCAAGGCUCAGUGCCCCAUUGUGGAGCGUCUUACCAACUCCAUGAUGAUGCACGGCCGCAACAACGGCAAGAAGCUGAUGACUGUCCGAAUUGUCAAGCACGCCUUCGAGAUCAUCCACCUCCUGACUGGCGAGAAUCCUCUUCAGGUUCUGGUGAACGCCAUCAUCAACAGUGGACCUCGUGAGGACUCCACUCGUAUCGGUCGUGCCGGUACAGUCAGGAGACAGGCUGUGGACGUGUCCCCUCUGCGCAGGGUCAACCAGGCUAUCUGGCUGCUGUGCACUGGUGCCAGAGAGGCUGCCUUCAGAAACAUCAAGACCAUUGCUGAGUGCUUGGCUGAUGAGCUUAUCAACGCAGCAAAGGGUUCCUCCAACUCCUACGCCAUCAAGAAGAAGGAUGAGCUUGAGAGAGUGGCCAAGUCUAACCGUUAAAUAUGUCUGUCUCUUUUUACUGAAGGAGGAAAUAAAAUUGAUGGAAAUCA